GGGAAGGAGGAGGGCAUAAUAAGAAUAAAAAAGAAGCCCAGAGAGGCAGGAAAUCCGUGGGAUGACGCGUUAGAGACAAGCCCUCCUAUUCCCCCCUCCACAAAAAAAUCAAAAUCAAAUCCCAUCCUUUCCCUUCCAUAAGAUUUAGAGGGAAGGAAGGUGCUUUGGAUCUCCUGGGGUCCCCUUCCUGCAGACCUAGAUCCAAAGAAGAGCCAAAUGAAAUACUCAUAGGUUGCAUUUUAUUUCUGAUGUGAAUCAACAGGGCUUGGAAGGGUGCUUGUAUCCUUCACAGGACCUGACUUGUCUCCAAAGUACCUGGGAAUCCCACCUGCCUCUCAGGUUGGAGCCUUGGAAAGCCUUGGGUCCAUUUCCAAAAGACUGACUCCCAGAGAGAUGCGGGUGAGAUUUUCUAACUCACAACUUGGUCAACACAAAACAACUGACACAACUUGCCAAACACCUGCUGUUUCUGCUUUCAGGCCAGGAUGUGCAGUCAGGAAUGAAAGUGGAGGAAGAGAACACAGCUGAGCAAGUUCUAGGGGAGAAAAUGGAAGAACAAGGAAGAGACUCUAAAGUUGGGUCUUUUAGAAAGUUUUUCUCUGGUGUUGAUCCAGCCCAAAUUAAAGGGGAGCCAGAUGAAGAGUUGCGCCAGGAUGCUCAGUGGCAGCAUUUCCAGGAGGAGAAUUAUUCGGAAGUAAACAAAUCCCAGCUGCCUCGAUUUGAAGAUGAGGACAACAUGACAUUUUUCUCAGCACUGUGGAAGGAUGUUACUAUUAAUGCAAACCACAGGCCUACACCUGGAGGAAAGUUAGUGCCUGAAACCCUAUUGAGUCCCAGUGAGAAAGCCCAUGAGGACUCCAAAAAGCUGAAUUCCUCUAGGAAAGAGAGAGAAGCAAUUGAGGAUAAAGACAUGAAUAACUUGGAGAAACUGCGCAAGCAGUUCAGGACGUUUAGCUACCAGGAGGCUGAGGGACCACAAGAGGUGUUUGGACAUCUCCAAGAUCUUUGCCAUCAGUGGUUGAUGCCAGAGAGUCACACGAAGGAGGAGAUCUUAGAGCUGGUGAUUCUGGAGCAGUUCUUGGAUAUUCUCCCAGUGGAAAUGCAGAACUGGGUUAAGGAGGAUGAGCCAAGGACCUGUGCCCAGGCCGUGGCCCUAGCAGAGGACUUCUUGCUUUGGAAGGAGGAGGCAGAGAUACAGGGACAACAGAAGUCAGAGUUGUUUGAGAACAACAAAGUUGAGCAUUCUCCGCUGGAUCCUGUGACAGUGCAGCCCUAUCUGAAGAUUCAACAGAAAUGUGAAGAGAAGGGCCAUCUCCUAGGUGAUGGUCAAGAGGUUGAAAAUGAAAAGAAGCCUAUUAAACCAGAAGCUCCUAAGCACUUAGAACCUUCUGGCAUUUCUUUUGAUGAAGCCGACUGGAAUCUCUACACAUUUCCUCAAAUGAAUAACAGGCCAAAAAGUCAGCAAAAGAUAAAGAGGACUGAGGGGAUCCUCCCAGGAGGGAGUGAAGGAGGAAAACAUACUUGGGAGAAUGAUGGCGAUAAAAUCCUACACAAAAACACCUUCCAAGAGAGAGCACACAGAGAUCAGAGUAUUGGGAUGAAAACUGACUGCAGAAAAAGCUUGAACCAAACCCAAAACAUUCUUAAAUAUCAGAAAACAGAAAUUGAAGACAAGCCACACCAGCAUGUGGCUGAUGGGAAAAGUUGGGAUUCAGUUCCCCAACAGGAGAACAUCCUAAUGGGAGAGGAGGUAGAUAUGGACUGUGGAACCGGCUUGAGUCUGAAAGCGCACCUGAAUAAUCCUCAUCCACUCCUCACAGGAGAAAAACCACAUAAAUGUUCUGAAUGUGGUCACACUUUCAGCCAGAGCUCAGAUCUUACUGGAGAUGGCCUUUAUAUAUGUUCCAACUGUGGUAAAAGUUUUAUUUCUAGUCCUGUGCUUGGAAGUCAAAAGAUAACGCACAAAGGAGAGAAAUCAUCUAACUGUUCUGAGAAUGAAAAAGCAUCCCUGGAGUCCUCUGAUCUUCAGACAGGAGAGAAACCAUAUAACUGUACAGAUUGUGGGAAAACCUUUAGCUUUAGGUCCAGCCUUGUUCGUCAUCAGAGACUCCAUACGGGAGAGAAACCAUAUAAAUGUUUAGACUGCGGGAAGAAUUUCAGUCAGAGUUCAAACCUUCUUAAUCACCAGAGAAUACACACCGGAGAAAAACCCUACAGCUGUACAGAUUGUGGGAAAUCCUUUAGCAAUAGCUCGAGCCUCACUUCACAUGAGAGAACCCACAGAGGAGAAAAACCAUAUAAAUGCUCCAGCUGUGGGAAGAACUUCAGCUGCAGUUCAGUCCUUCGAAUCCAUGAAAGAAUUCACACCGGCGAGAAGCCAUAUGAAUGCUUGGAUUGCGGGAAAAGCUUCAGCCGGAGAGAAUUCCUCAUUGGCCACCAGAGAACUCACACAGGGGAGAAACCAUACAAAUGUUUGGAAUGUGGGAAAAGCUUCAGUCAGAGAUCGAACCUUCUUAAUCAUCAGAGAAGCCACACUGGAGAGAAACCAUUUGAAUGUUUAGACUGUGGGAAACGGUUCAGUCAUAAAGCAUCCCGUCUUAAACAUGAGAGAAACCAUGGUCAUGGUCCAAGACUGGGAACAGAGUUGGUCAGGGUUCAACCUGUUUUGCAUGUGGCAGAACACACAUAAGAAAUGGAAACAUAUCCACGAGGAGAUCAGAGAAUGUUUUCCAAUACCCUAAAGGUGCCAUUUCCAACCAGGCUGAACUAAACAAAGGAUACUUGAAAAAUUAAGGUUGCUGACAGGCCAAUUACACUCCUUUUGAGAAGAUGUGAUGAAUUGACCUAUCAUCCACCUAAAUUUUUAAACAUUCUUUGUUUAGUUUAGCCUGGUUGGAAUGCUGUCCACACACUACUGAACUACAUCUCCCAGGAUUCCUCACCAUUGACUAUACUGAUUAGAGGUGCUGGGAUUAUGGCUUGGCCAUGGAAACCAGGUCAAUGACCUUAGGCAAGUCACAGUCUCUCAACCUCAAAGGAAGAAAAAGGCAAAUCUGAACAAACAAGAAAUCCCUGUGAUAGGGUCACCAUAAAUCAGGAAUGGCUUGAAGUCACACAGCAGCAGCAAUAAAGUUUGUAAGCAUAAGAGACGAUAAACAGAUUUCAGAUCUAAAGCUCAUAAAAGCUAAGUGGCUUGAUUUAAAGAUGUUCAGGUUUCUUUCACACUAUGCAGUCAUUGCACUUUGGUAUCACUUUAACUGCUAUGGUUACUUUGUAUGGAAUCUUGAGAUUUGUAGUUUGGUGAGGGAUUAGUUUCCUGAAAGAGAAUUCUAAAUGACUUUCAAAACUACAGAUCCCAGGAUUUAACUGGAUGAAUGUAGGGGGCUUAAAGUAGCAUCAAAGCAUAAUUUUUAUGUAUUGGGAAUGAAAUUACUUUGAGCAUGUGUGUAUGUACCUUCAAAUGGCCUGUUGACUUUUGGCAACCCCAUGAAUUUCACAGGGUUUUCUUAAGCAAGGAAUCCUGAGGUGGUUUUGACAGCUCCUUCCUCUGAAAUAGAGUCUUCAGCACCUGGUAUUUACUGGCAGUCUCCCAUCCAAGUACCAGCAAGGGCUGAUUGCUUAGGUUCCUAGUAUAAGUCAUUGUGUGUGCAUGUGUCGUCAUAUCACUUGUCAACUUAUGGUGGCCCCAUUAAUUUCAUAGUGCUUUCUUUGACAAGGAAGAGUCAAAGGUGGUGUUGCCAGUUCCUUCCUCUGAAAUAGUGCUGUAUAGCACCUUGACGGUCUCCCAUCCAAGUACUCACCAGAGAAUGGAUUAGGAAGUAAAAACAAUCCCUUUCAAAUGCUCUUUUCAAUUGAUCCUGCUAUACAUGAGAAAAAAUUAAAUGUGCAGUGGAGACGAUGUGGCCUAGUGUUGGAUUACAACUCUGGAGGUCAGGGUUCGGUUCACAGCUCAGCCAUGAAACCCACUAAGUGACCCUGGGGAAGUCUCAUGCUCUCAACCUCAGGGGAAGGCAAUGGUAAACCUCCUCUGAACAAAUCUUGCCAAGAAAACCCUAUGAUCGGUUGGCCUUAAGGUCCCCUUAAGUCUGAAACAACUUGAAGAUGCACAACAACAACAAAGGCCAAUUUUACAUGUUAAACGUAUUGAGGAAAACUUUUAAUAGAGAUGCAUUGAAACCUAACGGUGGGUGUUUGGCCAAUUAUACGACUGUGACCAUGCCUGAUAAGUGUGAUACCUGUUUGUGACCAUGCUGUGUAAAUGGAACAUGUUUAGGGUCUAGAAAUUACUCAAAAUCUAAAUUUCCAUUUUAAAUUUUAAACAUUUCUAGCACUUUGGGGGGUAGGGUUGUACAAUUGUGUAGGUAGACUACACCUGGUGAAAUAUAAAGUGAUGGGACGCCCAGUAUAUGGGAGUGGGAUUCCAGUAGCUCUUUGUAUUUUUUCUCAGUAGCAGAAAUGAAAUAAAUUGUGGCAGAAAACCAAGAGUUAAGAGAAUUUUAAUUGGCUUUAAUCCACAAUGUGAUCAAUUGAUUUUUCCCAUUAUCACUAGGAGCCAAUGUUAAUUGGUUAAAGGAUAUUUUAAAUCAGUAGGCUACUAAUUAAAAUCAGUUUGAUUUGAUGGGGGAGGGCAGGGAAACACAUAUUUGAGUCUGGUGCAGUACUGUAACAGUGAAUGGAAAAUAAGUUAUUAAAAUCUGCCAUCUGAUGAAUUUUAGUUUUUUGUUUACUGAGAUGUUUGUUUCCUUGUAUUUCAAAAAUUGA